UGCACACACAUCUAUCUAUCUGUCGGUCUUUGUCUGUCUAUCUGUCUAUCUGGCUCUCUUAUCCUGCUUCCAAACCAUACCCGCGUCAGAUGCAAUGUCCUCGGGGUGACAGUCGUGAUAUAACCAAUGAGAAAUCGGUGGGCCACCCCCCUUUCCUUCCCCUAAAAAAAAAGUUAUUGCUCUGCUUGGCAGUAAUAAGUGGCGUUAUUGAACUCCGGUGCUGUGGAACUCAGUUGGGACAGAAAAAAUAUUUAUUUAGGACAUUUUGUUGUUGUUGUCGCUUUCGAUUGCUCCAGAGAGUAGAAUCCAGUGCGUGUUUUCCCCUUCCCCUACCCUAACCUACCCCUCAAUUUGGUGAGUGGGGGGUGGAGGGGGGAUGUCGAUAUGGAGUCUGGCUGUUUACCUGUUGUUGUUGUUGCUGCUGCUGCUGUUGUUGUUGCUGAUGAAACUGGCACCUCUGACCCUUGGAGCGAGUGUGAAGCCAGGGGAGGGCAGAGAGGCGCCCGAGCUGAUCUGCAAACCCUCAGCCCUGGCUGACCACCUUCUCAGGUCAUGUCGGACCUUCUCCGGCGGCGGCGGGUCCGGGCGCUGGACGCGGCUUUGGCCGGACUUGCAGACCCUGUGGAACGGCGUGUGUCCAGUGGCCGGAGGAAGCCUGGAGUUUGCACGGGAACAUCUCCAGAUGUCUGACCAGGGGCUGGUGGCUCUGGACUGGGCUGUGCUGGGGGCCGGGGCAGGAGGGGCGGCAGCAGCAGCCAGGAGCCGCAGGAGAGGACCCACAACACCUCCUCCUCCUCUUCCCAGCGGCUCCAUCUUGCUCAUCGUCCCCAACGCGCUGGGCAGGUUGACCAGGAACCUGUGCGCCCUGUGCGCUCUCGCCUUGCGCCGCGGCUACAGCCCAGUGCUGUUCAACAGGCGCUGCCACAACUCCUGCCCGCUGACCACCCGCAAACUGCAGCCCUUCGGGGAGCCCUCGGACCUGCGGGAAGCCGUGGGCUACAUCAGGCACCGCCACCCGGCAGCCAAGCUCUACGCCGUCAGUGAGGGCACCGGUUCCGGGCUCCUGCUCUCCUACCUGGGCGAGUGCGGCUCCUCCAGCAACAUGAUAGCCGCCGCCUGUAUCUCCCCCGUCUUCAGCUGCAGGGACUGGUACGAGACAGGACCCCCCCAACUCUACCACUGGCUGAUGGUCUUAUAUCAGAAAACCAACCUGAGCAGGUAUGCCACCGUGCUGAGCGAAGUGAUGGACACAGAGAAGCUGUUCAGGAGUAGCUCCCUCCGGGAGAUGGAGGAGGUGAUAUUUUGCCAAUCUAAGACCAGCUCCUCAAGUUGGGAAUCGUACUGGGAGAAGAACGACCCCCUAAGGGAUGUGGAUGAAGUGGCAGUGCCUCUGCUCUGCAUUUGCAGCAAAGACGACUCGUGUCGAGGAAAGCCGGAGCAGACGCUCCCCUUCGAACUGUUUGAAACCAACCCGUACUUCUUCCUCUUGUUAACUGAACGUGGGGGCCACUGUGGCUUCUUAACCAGCAGUUCUUCCUGCUGGAGUCACGAAGCUCUGCUGGAGUACUUCAAGUCGGUCAGCGAAUUUUUCAGGGCAGAGGAAAGGACCAAGAGCGUUUAUAGAAGGAAAGGUUCUGUACCGCCUGCGUAUAAACACCGGGGAAUCACAAUCCACAAGAGAGAGGUUCUCUGCUCUCACAAUAUCCAUGAGAUUUUUAACUGGCAGAGGUCCUACACCAGAUAAAAGGACCUUUUUUUUCUAAAAGAAACCCGAGAAUAUUUUCAAAACACACCAGCGGCCAUCUAAUUUUUUGCAAAAUAUUUGUAAAAACUUUCAUCCUUGCUUUCCCAGUGACCUUUUGCCAUUAUUAAGCAUCAGUUAAUCGUUAACGUGAGUUCAAAGGACAGUCUGAAGUCUGAAUGAAAUCUGGAAGCAGUGGAAUUCAAAAUGAAUAAAAUGUUACCUUCUUUGCAAGAGCAAUUUGACUGCCUUAUCACAUCGUUUAGACGUCAAAAGCGCUUCACAGGAUACACUGUCAAGUGGAUCGAUUGUUUUUUGGGUGAAAAGCAGCAGCCAAUUUUGUUUAUAUUGCAUUUAAUUAAAAUUCACACUUACCUUUAA